UUUUCCCCCAAAAAUUUUCGUCCUCUUUCUCUCUCUCUCUCGCUCGCUCGCACGCCGGCCGUCCCACUCGCAGUUGAAGCCGCCGGCGAGUCUCCCUCUCUCUCGCCGUUAAGCUCGAUCGGUGCCGGCUUUCGGAGUUCAGACGCAUCGGCGGCGUUCUCUUUCUGUUCGGCGGUCGGCCACCCUCCACCGGCCAUCCUCCACCGAUAUUCAAUUUCAGUUAAACAAGCGGGGCGGGGCGGUCAUUGUGUCAAUAUCUGUUAUUUGGUCCAAUUCGUACGGUUAUCUCGCCCAGGAGCUCCUUCCCGAGCUGAUCUGAGUCGCAGCCAUGAGCCAUGGACAAACGAGUUCGAGUUCGAGUGGUACGGUUUCACACAAAACCCUAAAUCUACACUAUUUUUUUUUUACAUCUUUUUGCGAGAUCUGUAUAAGUACGAUUAAGGUUUAGGUCUCCAUUUCAAAGAUGUAUUCUAGCGUAUAAUUCAGAUUAUUUGUAUUGAUCGAUCGACUCUUUGUUAUUACGUUUUGUGCCAUCCGUUUUGAUUGUUUCAGUAGAAAUUAGGUACUCUCUAGGCGGACAUUAGGUGCCUUCUCUCAUAUCGUCGUGGAUUAUUGAGUUCCGUUUUGUGGGUUAAAGAUGCAAAUGUGUCGUUUAAAGAUGUGAAUGUGCCCUUCUCCUACAUGAGGAUCUUGCAGUGAUGAUAAUAUGUAAAUUUUGGUACUCUGUAGCUGGCAUGGUUAUGAUGAUGCAUAUAUGAAUGUCACUGGCAUUGACUAAAGAAGUUCUGAUGCAUCCCCGCUUCAUCAAGAGCUAUUCAUUGGGGUUUGGAGUGGCUGCAGCUAUUCAUAGGACUGCCCCCAUAUCAUAUUAUGGCACGGUAAUUAUCACUAGAGAAAAUUUUUGGAGGCCUCAAGUGUUGGAUGCAUACUAUAAACACUAUCAGAAAAACCCAUUUCUUCUAAAUUUUUCUACGAGCACUCACCCUGAAAAGAUAUGUUGGGAAGGCUCCUCUCAUGCAGUUCUGUUGAGGAAGCUUGAAACUGCCUUGAAGGAUCAUCAAUUGGAUGAAGCAUGGGAAUCUUUUAAUGAUUUUAAAAGCUUGUAUGGUUUUCCUAAGGAUACUCUUGUGGGUAGGUUGAUAACUGAACUUUGUUAUUCGUCUGACCCCCGCUGGCUACAUAAAGCAUGUGAUUUAGUCUUGAUAGUUUUGAAAGAGACAUCAGGCCUACUUCAGCCGGAUAUCCUCACUAAGCUGUCCCUUUCGUUAGCAAGAUCUCAAUUGCCUAUCCCUGCCUCAAUGAUUAUGAGAUUGAUGCUGGAGAGAGAGAGUUUGCCCCCGAUGAAUAUAUUGUGGUUGGUUGUUCUCCAUUUGGUGAAGACAGAAGUUGGGACGUAUAUUGUGUCAAAUUUCUUGGUUCAGAUUUGUGAUUGUUUCCAACGCUUAAGUGCGAGCAAAAGUGAUCGUGCAAAACUGAUAAAGCCUGAUACAAUGAUAUUUAAUCUUGUGCUUGAUGCUUGUGUGAGGUUUAAAUUAUCUUUCAAAGGUCAACAACUCAUUGAAUUGAUGCCACCGAUGGGGGUUGUAGCCGAUGCGCACUCAAUCACUAUCAUUGCCCAGAUCCAUGAGAUGAAUGGUCAGAGGGAUGAGGUGAAGAAAUUUAAAGAACACAUUGGUCGAGUUUCAGCUCCAUUUAUUUCUCAUUAUCGGCAGUUCUAUGAUAGUUUGUUGAGCUUGCACUUCAAGUAUAACGACAUCGAUGCUGCUGCUGAGCUUGUGAUGGAUAUUUAUAGAUACUCAGAGUCUUCUCCAAUUCAAAAAGAUAGGAAGGACCUACAAAAGCCUUGCCUUGUUCCAGUGGGAUCUGACAAUCUCAAGGCUGCAUUAAAACUACAGAUUGUGCCUGAUAUUCUGCAGAUGGAUUCUGUACUCAAAGCGGAAGGUAAACGGGAACUAGUAAUUUUUAGAAAUGGGAAACUUGCUGUUAGUGACAGGGCUCUGGCCAAGCUCAUCAAUGGGUGCAAGAGAGGUGGGAAGAUUAGUGACCUGUCAAAUCUUUUACUUGGCAUUCAAAAGAAGUCACAUUCAUUGGCAGGACCUAGUUUGUGUUCUAAUGUAAUUGGCGCUUGUAUUAAUUUAGGCUGGCUUGAAAUGGCUCAUGACAUUUUGGAUGAUUUGGAAGCAGCUGGAGCUCCCAUGAGCUUUACUACUUAUUCGUCACUCUUUGCAGCCUACUACAAAGAAAAUAUGUUUAGAGAGGCAAAGUCAUUGCUAAAACAAAUGAGAAAAGCUGGUUUGGUCUUAAAUUUGUCUGAUGAGAUGGCUAUUUCUACUUGUUUAUCAGAAGCAGUAGAUAAAAACGCCACACAUGCAAAUGCGUCAACUUCGAUCAGUAAAUUAGAUCUGGCAGAGUUUUUGGUUCGAGAAAUGAGAGAGGGGAAGAACACAGUCUCUCCAAUAGUUUUCGAGUUCAAUUCUUCUAUUUACUUUUUCUGCAAGGCCAAAAUGGUGGUGGAUGCUUUGAAGACGUACAGAAGAAUGCAAGAGAUGAAAAUCCAACCAACAGAGCAAACUUUUUCCAAUCUGGUAUAUGGAUAUUCUUCUCUGGGAAUGUAUCGCGAUAUCACGAUAUUGUGGGGGGACAUUAAGAGGAAUAUGCAUAGUGGAGAUUUGGUGGUAAGCAGAGAUCUAUAUGAAUUCUUGCUUCUGAGCUUUCUUGGAGGUGGUUACUUUGAGAGAGUGAUGGAGGUCGUUGGGUAUAUGAGAAAGCAUAGAAUGUACAUUGACAAGUGGAUGUACAAAUGUGAGUUUCUAAAGCUCCAUAAGAAUCUUUACAGAAGGUUAAAAACAUCAAAAGCUACAACUGAGGCUCAAAGCAAGAGGCUCGAGUAUGUCCAGGAAUUUAGAAAAUUGGUUGGCAUGGAUUGAAGUUCAAUGAGAAGUUCUCUAAUACAUGGGAUCGAUGCUGUUGAAGCCCCAUAAAUUGGGUGAUUGAUGAGAUUGCUACGUAAAAAGGAUCAUGCAUGAACAGAUCGAGUGCAUGGGAGAUAGAACAUACGACAUGAGCAGAGCACAAAGUACAUGGAUUCGACGAAACCAUGGGCUGGUCCUUUUUCUGUGGUCGUGGCCGUUUGUCCCUUUGUCUUGUUUCUCCUUAAUAUUCAUUUUCCACUAGUCAGCUAGUGUAAAAUAUGUGUGAUAAAUAAGUGUGAAGAGUAGCACUAUUUUUUCAAGUGGAUUCACGAUUAUUUAUUUAUUUUUUAGAAAUGCCAAAUUAAUAAAAUAAUUUCUGUUAAUAAAUUA